CAAUACACGAAGGCAUACAGACCCGACUCAGUGGAUGCUACAAAUAGGUAGAGACGGCUGACUUACUCAGUCGACCCCUGAUGGGAAAUGCCAAACUAAAGAAGUAGAAGAUGAAUUUGUCGAUAGAAAAGAAUGCUUUUGAGUCAAAUAAAUGGUACCAUGGUUAAUGAUAGUAUUUCAACAAAAAUAUGUUACUAUAUAUGAUUUUCGCAUCGCCACACAACUUAUUUUGCAGCAACAGUACAAACUUCUAAAGAACACAUUCAUGGUGCAAGGGCCCAAAAACAAUGCCUGCAACAGCUAAGCCGCAGGUCUAUUUUAAGUUCCCUUUCGAUGGCUGAGCUGCUUAUGAUAUCUCUUGGGUCAUGUAACCGCAAUCUUAUUUCUCAAUCAGACGCAAAAUGAGUGGGAAAAUAGGAACAUCGAUCCACUUUCUGGAAAGCGCUUCAAUUUUUUGCCCAGCUCUUUCUUUAAGCUUAACAAUAUCACGUUGUCUCUGUAUUAAUUUUAUUCUGUGGAUCAAUUACUGAAGAUUUAACUUCAUCAAAGUCACACAUUACUUUAUGCUUACAUAAAAAAAACAUUCUUCAAAUCCUAAUGUAUAAUAUUAGAAGGGAUAAUUCAUUCAUUAAUUUUUUGUGAACUUUCAUCCACCUUCUUAUUCAUGAGAUUUUGAAACCAAAAUAUCUAUACUGCAAUAGUGAAUCCAAAGUAAACAAGAUUGUCAAUCAGAAACAUCUCCAAGUUCAACCACACAUGCAGUAUCGGUCUUUGCUCACCAGUGAUUUUUGGCUGAAGUUGUCAGGGUGAAGAAGUCGCUGCAGCUGCAGGUACGUUUUUUGCAAUUUCUGAGUGUUCAGUGUGAAGUUUCGUUCACUGGAAAAAGGCAUACAAAUAGAAGGUAAGCCAGUGUGUGUCUUCAAGGUGACACUUUAACAUUACAGAGAUUAUCAGACAGCAAUAAAUGAAGAGAAAAGGAAAUAACACAAUAAGGCCCUCUGACAGAACAACCUAGUUACAUGUUUGCAUGGCAGAUAAAACAAUAAGCAAAGUGAGGAUUUGCAAUGUUGGAACCAUGAUCCAGUAUUGAUGCUGCACUGCAUGUUGCAAAUGACCUGCUUAUAGAAUCACAAAUACAGAAACUACCAAGAACUUGUAUGCAUCACAAACAAGCAAAUAAUAACAAUAUUCAAUGGCCAUUUAAUCUUGUUGAACUCAGAUUGUGAGAGAAUUUCCCCCAUGAUGCGCUCAGACCACCUUCAGUCUAAUGAGAAUUCCAACAGCAGGAGUAAAAAUGUUGAACUCCCAAACACGAGGGGCGAUUAACUUCAUUAAUAGAAGGGUAUAUUAAUACUGUUCCUGAACCAUAAACUACUUUGAAGACACAUGCAACAGCUACAUUCAUUUAUGUACAUGUUACAUGCAUUAUUAUGACUAUUGAGUAACUUUGACAAUUUGGAUUGUAAAGGUGUCACAGAAAAACAAGAUGAUAAAAUGAUAAAACAUAACUGUGUCUGCUCUGCAGGUGUGGAACUGUAGCAUAUUUGCCUUUCAUUCUAUGUUGAUUUCUGACAGGUACUGGCCACUGCAGGAAAAUAAUACGGAUGGCGUGAGGUUUAAAUCCAAAACAAGCAGUUACCUUUGAAUCAUCACAUGGAAAAGCUGAAAGUUCACAUACACAUUUCGAGUUUGAAAGGUGGAUAAACCCUUACCAAUCCAUGAUCUUGAAGUAAUUCAAGUGUUCAUCGGGGGGUUGGACAACUUUACAGGAAAGACAGAAGAACGCAGGAGUUCUGUCCCGAGGAUGAUGACAAUUCCAGCAGUUCAUGUCAACGCGCCCCGUGCAAAGAUCCCUCACAGAAACGAGACGACGACUAAAAGCUACACCGCGUUUCUCCUUAUUAUGACAAGUGUCCUUCAGUGGUCCAUUUGAAAAACUACUGACAGGACAGGUAACAGUCUGAAACCCGGAUUGACACGUCCGUCGCCAGGCAGAUCUGGAUGAGUAGACGAGUCGUAAAACGUUCAUCAUCUCAAGAGGAAGAAUCAAAAGUUUCAAAUUGUUUCUUGCAUAAAACCGGCUGCUCCCAGCAACAUGCACAUCCUCCAGCUCCGAACAGGAAGUGCGCGCUCACUAUCCUCUGCCGUUAACGCCCCCUUUGGUUCGGAGGGGAAACUGACGCGACGCUGGUGGGGAAAACAACAGCUAGCAGGCGAACUGUUAGCAUUUUACUAUUUUAAAAAGGCACUGGAUUCAUAUAACAAACUACCGAAUGUAGAAAACGGCUCGAACCAGUUUCCCCCAGGUCCCCUUUUCCUUAACAGUUCGUGAAACUCAUGGCACCGAGAUUGGAGCUGCUCCUAGAAGACUCAUGGACACACAAAGAGUGGCUUGUUCUCCACCAGCAGCAUCCGACACUGGAGUUCAGAUAACAUCCUCGAACCGCAGAUAAACAAUGAUCCCCAUCACCGAACUGCGGUACUUUGUGGACACACAGCCAGCUUACCGAAUCCUGAAACCAUGGUGGGACGUGUUCACAGACUACAUCUCCAUCGUCAUGCUGAUGAUCUCCGUGUUUGGGGGGACGCUGCAGGUCACCCAGGACAAGAUGAUCUGCUUGCCCUGCAAGUGGGUGGUCAAUCAGACCUGCAAGAAGAACUUCAACUCCACCUUAUCCGCAUCCCUGUUCUGGGAGCCGCGGGGAAUCCAGUAUUAUCUGGAUCGCCACCAGUACAACUAUGUGGAUGCAGUCUGUUAUGAAACAAGAUUGCACUGGUUUGCCAAGUACUUCCCCUACCUAGUUCUACUCCACACACUUAUAUUCCUGGCCUGCAGCAACUUUUGGUUCAAAUUCCCUCGGACUAGUUCGAAACUGGAACAUUUUGUCUCCAUCUUGUUGAAAUGCUUCGACUCCCCGUGGACGACCCGAGCGCUGUCAGAAACGGUGGUCGAAGAGAGCGAUCCAAAGCCGAUGAAAAUGAACGGCUCGAUGGACCACAAAGAGUCUGUUAUCAGCGAGGACGUGGAGGCGAGUGUUCCCAUGCUCCACAGGACAAAGAGCCGCUUGGAGCAGGGCAUCGUGGAUCGAACAGAAACAGGAGUUUUGGAUAAAAAGGAGGGGGAACAGGCGAAAGCUCUGUUUGAAAAAGUGAAAAAGUUCCGCAUCCAUGUGGAAGAAGGAGACAUUGUGUACAAAUUGUAUAUACGGCAGACUAUUAUCAAAGUCAUAAAGUUCAUUUUGAUCAUCUGCUACACCGGCUAUUAUGUCAAUGACAUAAAAUUCAGUGUCGACUGCUCGGUCAACAUCGAGAGCCUGACGGGCUACAGUGUUUACCGUUGUGCUCAUCCACUUGCGACCCUUUUUAAAAUCUUGGCAUGUUUCUACAUUAGCUUAGUGGUUGUGUACGGUUUGAUCUGCAUGUACACCCUCUGCUGGAUGCUCCGGCGCUCGCUCAAGAAGUAUUCCUUCGAGUCCAUACGGGAGGAGAGCAGCUACAGUGACAUACCGGACGUUAAGAACGACUUUGCCUUCAUGUUGCACAUGAUCGAUCAGUAUGACCCCCUCUACUCCAAGCGCUUCGCUGUGUUCCUGUCGGAGGUCAGCGAAAAUAAGUUGAGACAACUUAACCUCAAUAAUGAGUGGACGCUUGACAAGCUCCGACAGAGGAUCACCAAGAACUCUCAGGACAAACUGGAGCUGCACCUUUACACGCUCAGCGGAAUUCCAGACACCGUGUUCGACUUGACGGAGUUAGAGGUGCUAAAGCUAGAGCUCAUUCCAGAUGUGACGAUCCCCCCGACUAUCGCACAGCUGUCAAACCUGAGAGAGAUGUGGCUGUACCACACGCCUGCCAAAAUAGAAGCUCCGGCAUUAGCGUUUCUGCGGGAGAAUUUGAAGUCUCUGCACAUCAGGUUCACCGACAUCAAAGAGAUUCCUCUGUGGAUUUAUAGUCUAAAAAACCUCAGUCAGCUCCAUUUGACUGGGAAUCUCAGCGCUGAUAACAACCGUUACAUUGUAAUCGAUGGGCUGCGAGAGCUUAAGCGGCUCAAAGUCCUUCGUCUAAAGAGCAAUCUGACCAAGCUGCCUCAGGUUGUGACUGACGUGGGCCUGCACCUUCAAAAGCUCUCCAUUAACAAUGAAGGCACAAAGCUCAUAGUGCUCAACAGCCUGAAGAAGAUGGUGAACCUCACUGAACUCGAGCUCAUUUGCUGCGAUCUGGAGCGCAUCCCUCACUCUAUUUUCAGCUUGCACAAUUUGCAGGAGAUCGAUCUCAAGGACAACAACCUGCAGACCAUUGAGGAGAUCAUAUGUUUCCAGCACCUUCACAGGCUAGUCUGCCUCAAACUCUGGUACAACCAAAUAGCCUACAUCCCCAUCCAGAUCGGCACGCUGGUCAACCUGGAGAAACUCUACCUGAACAGGAACAAGAUUGAGAAGAUUCCCAGCCAGUUGUUUCUUUGCAAAAAGCUUCGCUUCCUGGAUCUGAGUCACAACAACCUGACCGACAUCCCAGCCGACAUCGGCUUUCUCGAGAAUCUCCAGUACCUGGCGGUGACGGCCAACAGAAUUGAAAGUCUGCCAAAUGAGUUGUUCCAGUGCAAGAAGCUCCGCACUUUGAACUUGGGGAACAAUUGCCUGCAGACCCUUCCGUCUCGCUUCGGUGAACUGACUGCUCUGAAGCAGCUGGAGCUGAGAGGGAACCAUCUGGAGUGUCUACCGGUGGAGCUGGGCGAGUGCAGGCAGCUCAAGAGAACCGGUCUGAUCGUGGAGGAGGACCUCUUCAACACGCUGCCCUCCGAGGUGAAGGAACAGUUGUGGAAGGUGGACAAAGAGCCGGUGUGAACAAAACAGAGUUCGGACGCGAGCGAACCUUCGUCCGUCGGUCAGGAAGUGGCACCAACGCAGUCACGCAGUCACUUGUGAGGUUGGGUGUAAAGAGACCGGCGUAAGCCAAAUCUUUCCAGCUGCUUUUGGUUCGUCUUGUCCUGAACAGUUGAGUUGAUUUUCUUAAAGCAGAUAACUUUCAAACACAGAAGUGAUUCUUUCGAACAAUCACCACACAGUGCCAUCGCCAUAAGUAGGUUGUGUUCACGUUCCCUUCUGCUGCUCUGCGGUGAUGUUCAUGAGUAAACAGAACUCUGACUUGGAGGAAAUCGAUGUUUGAAAACCAAUUUGACCUGAAUUGUUGUAGGGAAGAGGGAAUCCAAUCGGGUCGGAUUGUUCACAUCGCCCUCUGUUCAUUUGUAAUUUACUGGGCUUCUGGACUUGGUUUGAAAUAGAUUCAGUUCAAUAACUGAUGGAAAUUUUACUGAAAGGGUUCAGCGCGGAUUCUUGUGAAUGAAUCCGUUACAAUGAUUGUAACAGAAACCGUUGCUUUUAUCUUAUGUGGUCAUGGAUAAGGAGAUUUAUACGCAGAAAAACAAGUUCAUCCUGUGUGAGAAGGCUUUGCACUUGUAGAUACAAAACUGCCUUUGGUCCAGGUUCCCUACGUAUUUAUGCUGACUUGCUAUUUUGGUGAAAUUUAACUGUUUAGUUCUGAUCAGUCUCUUAAAAUUCAGAUGAUGCACAGAGAGACUUUUUGUCAAGUUUGAGAACCACAGUGAUGCUGAUGAGUCGGCACUUUGUCUGCAGCAUCUAAUUUCUCCGGCACCAUCGAGCACUGCACGUUUAAACAUUGUAGAUAAUGAAGUCAUCAGUCAGCAUAAUCUAUAUUUAAUCAUUGUGAAUUCAUGUUUGUUUUACGUCGUAGUCCAACCUCCGCUGAUGACAGUCAAGUUUCCUCUGUAUUUGAAGCCUGCAAAUGAAGGCAUGAUCACAUGUAAAUCGUAAGACUGUGCUUUAUUCAAAUCCUUUUUGGUGGUCACGGUGAAUUUAGAAAAACAUACGCUGCAUUGUUUGGUCAUUAAUGGAAAGAAGGAUCCAAACUUACUACCCUCUCCAUCCCCUGCCAAGGCUCCAUUUGAACAUGUUGUGCCAUAACAACCACCGUUUGCUUGAACUGUUUACAGUUAGUCAUACACAGCGCCUUGUCGCGGAGAAAUGUGACAUCACAGUUAGGGGUUGUUCAGUAACCCUCUGUAUGUGUCGCAUGAUGGCUGUGUCUCUGUUAUCACGCCUCUGUUCUCCACACAGAACUAUAACAACUGAUGCGUCCUUAUAUUAGCUGACUUGGCAACACCGGAGCAUGAGUUUAAAAGUAUUUUCUCUGACUGUCAAACUUACGGCUUGUGGACCACAUCCAGACCAAGAAAUGCUUGAACAUGAGGCCCCGGAAUACACUGCAGUAGUUGACAAUCCUUUUUACAAGCCAGAGGUCUAAAAAGGACGAGCGCUCCUUUUUAGCACACAGUCAGUUGGGACUGACUGUUCUCCCUUUUGCUCCAGCGAUGAGUGCAUUUUGCAUCUCUAAAUUGAAGUAGUCAUUAUUUAAUUAUGAAUGUAAAUAGAGUGUUUGCAAAUUAAAAUUGAUGAAAUUUAUGUCUGCAAUAUAUUACAAUCACCAUGGCAAACCAGGGAAUGUGCAUAUACUUUUUCUUUGUAUGUUAAUAAUAAAUAUAUUUUAUUACCUUCAUAUUUUGUUGGCGUUUACCUGCACAUGUUUUUCUUUUAACAUUCCAAUUUCAGUCAGACUGUGUUGUUCAUCACCACUUUUUUUUUUUUUACCAUGUAGGACUUUCAUACUACAUCAAAACAACAUUCUUAAUUCUUAUAAAAUACGUUGUUGUUCUGUCUUGCCUAGUGAUAUUUGUCAAAGAAGCAUUGCGUUCUAAAACUUUUGUUCCAAAGUGAUACUGAUUUUCUUUUGACACAGAAGCCUGUGCCACCAUUUCUGUGUGGAUGACAAUAACAAUUGCCAAAAUUACAGCGUGAUCAUAUUCAGUUGAAACUGAAUCGCUAGUUGCUGGAAGAAAACAAGUUGAGAAGAACAAUAAUUGAGACACAGCUUGUUGCGGCCUUGCAGAUGGACUGAAAGAGUGGAGUUAAAGGCUCUUUGCACUGGAAUGUCCUAGUACUUAUUGCUUCAUUCACAGAUCAGAGGUCAGUAGUAGAGAGAUGCUGUAGUGAAGCUCACAACAAUCGUGUUUGCUAGCUUUAUCACAUUUCCAAUUUUGUACAACAGCAGCUUCACCCAACUUUGAUAUUUAUAUUUAUUCAUUAACUCAUUAGAUUGUGCCCCAAGGUUGCUCAUACAGCAACAAGUUUCAAUCCCUAAUGGAUGCAGGAGUAGUUGAUAUUUAUUGAGCAUAUUUACUUUGCACCAGAAAUCUGAAGAUCGAAAUCUUCAAAUGCAAAUAUACUGAACAACUAUGAACAAGUAAUCAAUAUUAACAGCAAUAAACUGGAAUGAGCUUCAUUCAUAUACGUGUUGAAAAGGCGCUUCACGUUGAACUUCAGUAGCAUAAAAAGUGGAGGUAUGUCAUACUGCAGUUAUCAUAUUUAAGAGUUUGAGGUUGUCAGAGUGCCUCAGUUUUGAAUGCAGGUUAAAAAAAAAAAAACACACAUUACGACUCAUAAAUAACCAGUUUUCUGUGUUGAUAUGAGAAAUAAAGAAAGCGUGAUGCAGAUUUCCAUCUACACAAGUAAAGUAGAAUCCGCCUGUACAGACAACUACAACACUCAAGCAAUCUCCGAGCACUGUGAGUGAUGUCAGCUGGUUUUGGGCGACACAGGGUUUUCAUGUUUUGCCUUCUGUCUCUUAUUGGAACAAUGACCAUGUAUAGACACAUUUCUCUUCAUGUUGUGUUCUUCUGUCAUUGGCCUUCGCCAAGUGAGAACCACGGGCUCCGACAACAAAUCCGUCUCCUUCGACCGUCCUCAUGCAUGUCCACCUCAUCCACGUCUGUAAUCUUCUCUUUAGCCAAAUGUAGAUUUUGUCCACAACGCAGCAUGAACAUGACUUCUAUGGGAGUGGCUGCAAUAUUGUUCAAGAAAUUCCAUUAUGUUGUUAAUUAUUUGAGUUGAUUUAUUACUUUUUUGAUGCAUCUUUUUAACAAUAAAA